CGCGGCUGUUUGGGUCUUUCCAUCGCACCUCAUGCCUCUGUGGCCACAGUCUGCCUCAGUUUUCUGAGCAAAACCGGAUUUUAAAACACCUUCUGUGGAAAUGGACACCGAAAAAACUCCUACUGUAGCCGCUGAAGUGACCGGGGAGAGUAAAGAUGGAGCAGAGGCAUUUACGAAGGUGAAGUCUAAAAAGAAGAAUCAGAAACGUAAACGUGAGCAAGACGGAGUGGACAUGGACACAGAGGAGAGCGUGGCCAUUAAACGGCCGCAGUUUCCACCGAUCUCCGGAGACAAAUUACGGGGACCAGAUGAGAUGCGUAAGAUCCCCGUUCCAGCUCACAGAUACACCCCGCUGAAGGAGAACUGGCUAAAGAUUUUCACUCCCAUCGUAGAGAACCUGCAGCUUCAAGUUCGAUUUAACCUCAAGACCAGGAACGUAGAAAUCAAAACGUGCAAAGAGACGCAGGAAAUCAGCGCCCUCACGAAAGCGGCAGAUUUCGUCAAAGCAUUCAUCCUAGGCUUCCAGGUUGAGGAUGCCAUGGCGCUCAUCAGAUUAGACGAGCUUUUCCUUGAAAGCUUUGAUGUCACAGACGUAAAACCUUUGAAAGGCGACCACUUAUCCAGGGCCAUCGGAAGAAUAGCAGGGAAAGGAGGAAAAACGAAAUUCACCAUUGAGAAUGUGACAAAGACUCGCAUCGUUCUGGCAGAGACGAAAAUCCACAUUUUAGGUUCUUUUCAGAAUAUCAAGAUGGCCCGAACAGCAAUAUGUAACCUGAUUUUAGGAAGUCCACCUUCAAAGGUUUACGGUAACAUCAGAGCGGUGGCCAGCAGGACUGCGGAGAGAUUCUGAAAUCCGAUUGGCCGUUACAUGCCGUUCUCUCCUCCUUUUCUGUAACUGCGAUGAGUUGAGGUCACGGACUGGGGUUCGAGAUGGGGUCCGACACGUACAUCGUAUUUUGAUGAACAGUGUUGGUCCUUGGAAAUAUGAGUUAUGUAAAUAAAUAUGAAAAACAAUAAA